CCACUGCUCCAUCCGGCCACCACCCAGCUCCGAGAGAAGUCCCUGCCAAGUGCCACUGCCCCCGGCGAGCCCCUCGCCACCUCCGGGCCCGAGGGCAUGUCCGUCGCCUCGUCCCACCACCUGCGCCCGGCGCCGGCCGGCCCGGCGCGGCGCCCUGGCUGCGCGGCCGCCGUGGCGCUGCGGCCCGGCGGUGCCUGGCCCCCGUCACGCGGCCGCUGCGCCGUCGCGGCGGCGGCGGCGGGCGCUGGGGGCGAGGCGGCUUCCGCCCCCGCCGCCGCCGCGGUGUCGGCGGUCGCCCCCGCGGCGGCCGCCGCCAGGGACAGGGUGCGGCGCCACACGAUCUCGGUGUUCGUCGGGGACGAGAGCGGCAUGAUCAACCGGAUCGCCGGGGUGUUCGCCAGGAGAGGGUACAACAUCGAGUCGCUCGCCGUGGGGCUCAACAAGGACAAGGCCCUCUUCACCAUCGUCGUCUCCGGGACUGACAGGGUGCUCAACCAAGUCAUCGAGCAGCUCAAUAAGCUUGUCAACGUCCUCAGCGUCGAAGAUCUAUCUAAAGAACCUCAGGUUGAAAGAGAGCUGAUGCUUAUAAAAUUAAACGUUGAACCUGAUCAGCGCCCUGAGGUCAUGGUUUUAGUUGAUAUUUUCAGAGCAAAAGUUGUUGAUAUAUCUGAUAACACACUUACCAUGGAGGUAGCUGGAGAUCCUGGAAAAAUUGCUGCAGUGCAGAGGAACCUUAGGAAGUUUGGAAUCAAAGAAAUUUGCCGAACGGGAAAAAUUGCUUUGAGACGUGAGAAGAUUGGUGCGACUGCCCGUUUCUGGCGAUUUUCUGCUGCUUCUUACCCAGACCUUAUAGAGGCAUUGCCGAAAAAUCCACUUACAUCUGUAAAUAAGACAGUUAAUGGUAGUUUUGAUCAACCAUCCAGUGCUGGGGGUGAUGUUUAUCCUGUGGAACCUUAUGAGAGCUCAUCGAUGAACCAAGUACUUGAUGCCCAUUGGGGUGUUCUUGAUGAUGAGGAUGAUUCAACUGGACUUCGCUCACAUACCCUCUCCAUCCUUGUGAAUGAUUGUCCUGGUGUCCUUAACAUAGUAACAGGGGUAUUUGCUCGCAGGGGCUACAACAUACAGAGCCUUGCUGUUGGCCCAGCUGAGAAGGAAGGCAUUUCACGUAUUACAACAGUUGUCCCUGGUACUGAUGAAUCCAUUGAGAAGUUAGUUCAGCAGCUUUACAAGCUUAUUGAUGUGCAUGAAGUUCAUGACAUUACUCACUUACCUUUUUCUGAAAGGGAGCUGAUGCUUAUUAAGGUUUCUGUAAACACUGCUGCUCGGAGGGAGAUCCUAGAUAUUGCUGAAAUCUUCCGAGCAAAACCUGUCGAUGUUUCUGACCACACAGUUACACUGCAGCUCAGUGGGGAUCUUGACAAGAUGGUUGCAUUGCAAAGGUUAUUGGAGCCUUAUGGCAUCUGUGAGGUCGCCAGAACAGGCCGUGUGGCACUGAUCCGCGAAUCCGGAGUGGACUCCAAGUACCUCCGCGGCUACUCUCUUCCGUUGUAGCCUGUGGCGUUUGUGAUGAUGGCCCAGGAAAAAGUGCAUGCCUGGUUGCUAGAGCAGAAUGUGUAGGGCUCCCUUGUUAGGUUGUGUGUAUCUUCAAGACUCGUUUCCUCCAUCUCGUGGACUCCUUGACUUGCUUGCUUAAUAAUAUGCUCCUUGGUGGAUGCAAGCUGAAGUUGCAUAUGUAUCCGGUUGACAGUCAUAAUAAGAUGCAUGUGCAUCCUCUUAGUUCAGUCAAUCAGUGGGGACUUGGGAGAGAUGUAGCCAGCAUCCAAAGUUAACUGGCCCGCAUUUACCUAUUUUUCCUUA